CGUCAACGUAAUUGAUUGAAUUAUUAACAAUUUAUUUCUUGUUACAAAAAUUAUUUUACUAUGUCGAAUUACUUUCGUCUUUCUGAAACGGAUCCUCCUGAAUUUAUAAAAAGGAAACCCAAAUGGCUGAUAUGCCUAAUCUGCAUGGUCACUAUCACAGUAAUGAUAGUGUCAGCAAUCUCUGUUGGAGUCUUCAUUGGCUAUGCUUACUGCUAUGUGGAACAUCAGACCGGAUUAACGGAGAACAUUACGCAGCCGCACGAAAUUGAAAUAAUACAGAACUUACAAAAGGAACCUGAAGCUCCAAAAAGAACAAUAAACGAUGCAAUCAAAAGCUUUGUAUCAUCGAGGAUAAAAAAAAUUAGCAAUUUCCUAUGGAGUGAUGACAAUAAGCCGAUCAAGAUUAAACUUUGAUCUUUGUGCAAGAA